UAUUUGAAUUCUAAAAACUAAUAAACAUCCACACAACAUAACAGUGUGAAUACGCUCUUCUCAUCAUAUUCUUUUUUUAAAUAUUUGACCGAAGAAUUUUUGUAAUCGUAUCUUUGUUAGAAUUCAUCACACACACACAGAGUUAGUUCAUUCAUUCAAAGUUUUGUCAAGUCAAUUGUUGCAAUUUAUUGCUGUGAUAUUUUAAGUGCCCAUAUACAUAAUAUAUAAAAAUGAAUUCAAGAAAAAAUUCUGAAGCACCUAUUCCGGAACGGAAAUAUAUUGUGAAUACUCAAAGCUGUGGAGAAAUACAUGUCUUUGUUCAAGGUGAUUUAACUCAACAAGAUAAACGCGCCGUAUUUUUGACUGUCCAUGAUUUAGGCAGCAAUCAUCAUUCAUUCGAUGAUUUUGUCCAUCACCCAUCAAUGUGCGAAAUUCGUGAACGUUCAGUUUUCAUUCAUGUGGAUGCUCCUGGUCAUGAAACAAAUGCACCAGCACUUGCUGAAAAUUUUCAGUAUCCAUCGUUACAAGCAUUUGGUGAAGAAUUAGUUACGGUAUUGGAUUUCCUUCACGUUAAAUAUGUGAUUGGUUUUGGUGAUGGAGCUGGUGCUAAUGUAUUAGCACGAUUUGCAUUGGAGAAUCCAACACGUCUUCUUGGGUUAAUUUUGAUCAAUUGUACUGGCAGUGCUGCAUCUGUAUUGGAUAGCUUUAAAAAUAAAUAUUUUUCAUGGUCUGGUAAACAACAAGUUGGUCAAUCGACUGAAGAUUUUUUGAUUUAUCAUCGAUAUGGUCAUCAACUAUUGGCUGAUACGAGUCCAGACAAAGAAAAUGUAAUUGAAGAAUUUCGCGAAAAACUUCAUGGAUUAUUAAAUCCAAGCAAUGUUAAACAAUACGUUUCAGCGUUUUUGAGCCGAAAAGAUUUAUCUUUAAAACAUUUAAAAGUUGAUACGUUAUUACUCACUGGUUUAUUGAGUCCGUAUGCAAAUGAAGUUGAUAAAUUGUUCCAAGAGGCCAAUAAAGAAAAGACAACAAUUUUAAAAGUUGAGAGAGCUGGACAUGUUUUAAACGAUACGCCAGCAAAAAUUGCCCAAAGUCUUUUAUUAUUCUGUAAAGGACAAGGAUUAUUAUCAUCAGUGGCAAUGCCUGGUAUAGAUCGACGUAUGUCACGUGGUAUGAGUAUGGAAGAAUAUGAUAAACCAAAUAUUCGACGAUUGUCAUUAACAACAUCAUCCUAAGAACUUUUUAU